CACCAUGAGAAAUGCAUGUCGACUGAGGGGUCUAUCUCGAGGAAGGCAAAAGAGCAAUCUAGUGCAAUUACUUUCUCCGAGGCUGAUCGGAAGUAUCCUUUUUCUCACAAUCGCUCGCUUUAUGUGACUGCUUUUAUUAACGGGGUUGAGUUCAAAAGGGCCUUUCUAGAUAGUGGAGCCUCUAUCAACAUUAUGACUCGCGCUACUCUAGAAAAGGCUGGAAUCUCCGAAGAACGCAUUGUGAAGCAGCCGAUAGUCAUCACUGGCUUCGGUGGAGAAAGGAGAGUUACUAUCAGAUGUGUAACAGUUGAUUUAGCCAUCGGAGAGAUUCGCUCGGCCACCAAGUUCCAUAUUAUCGAUUCUGAGGCAAAUUAUCACAUCAUUCUAGGGAGGACCUGGAUGCAUAGAUAUGGGGCUGUACCAUCAAGUUAUCAUCAGUGUGUUAAGGCUAAAUGGGGAAAGAAGACGGUGACAAUUCAGGCUACAGAAAGGCCGUUCGAGAUCCAUGAAGCUCAUUAUUCUGAUGCCAUCUACUUCACCGAACUGGCUGUCGAAGAAGUUCCCACCACCUCUAAGCCUCGAGGGGUCAAAAUUCCUCGUUGGGAGGGUAUCAAAGAUGACAAGGAGCCGAUGGCAGAGUCAAGUAAGCGGGCGAUGUCUAGACCAGAAAGUCCGCCUAUUCCUCGGAAGGUGAUGAAAGUUCGAGAAGGAGGCAAGAUGGUGUACUAUUUAUGAAGGUGCGGGGAGUCGGUUUCUUCAGUCACCGACUCCGAGUCAAAAGAAGAGCCUCCUGACAAUGAUAUAGUAAUAAAGCCUGAAGUGGCUCCAGAAUGUAUGCAAGAUGGGCCGAAGCCUCAGCCCGAACAACUUAUUGAAAUAGAUCUGAGUGAUGGACAAGAUGCACCGAGGCCGAUGUUUGUAAGUUCGAGC